UAUUUGGUAGGGUUAAAGCCUCUGAAGAAGUCCUUUGGCCUUCUGCAAAAAUAGAAGUUUAUGAAUUUUUUUUUUUUUUUCUUUUUGGCUAAGCAAAGAGAUUGGCCUGAUCUUCCCAAAUUAAUCGCUUUUUGCACAUCCCACUCUGAGAUCCAAGUUUUGUACUGUUGACCUCUACCAGAAAGGAGAUCAGAAAAAAAUCUCUAGGAACUUAUAUACUAAUUUUUUUUUUUAAUGAUUUGAAGUGUUUAUAAUACUCGUGUCAAAUGCUAAAGUAAAAGCAAAUUCUGAAAGCUAAGACCAAAUGGCACCCGAAGCACACCAAAUCUUUUAUAUUAUUACUAGUUAAUUCCUUGCAGAACCUUUACACCUUUGCACUUAAAUUGUCUACUCAUAUAUGUGCUGCCAAGGAACUAAUAAAGUAGAAGCAAUAAUGCUCAAGUUGGCUGCUCCUGAAGAAGUAUGCUUUAGUGCUCAAGCCUUCACAAACAUGAAAAGGCUCAAGACUUUUUUUAGCUCGCAAUGUAUAGCAUUCAGGUGAUCCCGUAUACUUUCCCACUGAAUUAAGAUGGCUGGAAUGACCCAACUACUCUCUACCGUCCAUGCCAUUCAAUACAGGCCACAAGAAACUUGUACAUCUAGACAUGAGUAAAAGCAGCAUCAGAGAAUUGGGGAAGGGAUUUAUGUCUUAUAGAAGUUUGAAGUCUAUUAAUUUCAGCCACUGUACAUUGCUGAGUGAAAUUCCCGGGGUAUCGUCAUUGCUAAAUCUUGAGAGUUUGGAUCUCCAAGAGUGCACCAAUCUUGAUGAGGUUCAUCAGUCUCUUGGGCUUCUUGAGAAGGUUGUACAUUUGAACUUUUUGAACUGCUGCAAUCUUAGAUGUUUCCCAAGCAGUCUAAAUUCAAGAUUUCUCGAAAAUCUGAUUCUUAGAGGUUGCUCAAAGCUUUCAAGGUUUCCAGAUAUUCUUGUACAAGCGAAACGUCUCAAAGAACUUCUGCUUUUUGAGACUGCCAUCGAAGAAUUACCCUCCUCUGUCGCUAAUCUCAUUGAACUGAAAGUGUUGUAUCUAACGGACUGCACAAACCUUAAAAAUCUUCCUUGUAGCAUCUAUACAUUGCAUCAUCUUGAGCGUAUUUUCAUUGAUGGUUGCUUACAACUUAGCAAGUUCCUGAAAUGUUUGUGUGAAUCAAGUGACUGCACCAAUAUCUCUCUCUCGUUAGCCCUUCCAAGCGUUAUUAACUUGAAUGUGCAAAGAUGCAGCUUAUCAGAGCUUAGUUUCUUGAAAAAUCUUCAUUGCAUGUCCUUCUUGACAAUUUUAGAUUUGUCGGAGAACAAAUUUGUGAGCCUUCCUUCCUGCAUCAGUCAAUUUACUAAGUUGCAGCAGCUUCAUUUGAUGCAUUGCAAGCAGCUUCGAGAGAUUCUAGCUCUCCCACCAAACAUAACAUCUUUACUUGCAAAAGGUUGUGAAUUGUGGAAACCUGUGUGGACUUAUCACACAUGUUACGAUAUAAUCAAGAUGAAUCACCUUGGCUGAGACGAAUUGAAUUCUUUGGUUGUCAUAAGCUGAUCCAGGAUCAAUGCUCCAGCAAUUGCAAUAUGCUAUCAAUCGAGGGAUUGCUUGGAGAGACUCGGAUUGACAUUUUUCAUCCAGGAAACAAAAUCCCAAGGUGGUUUAAACAUCAAAGCACGACAAGACUCAUAAGGUUUCCUGUACUUUCAGAAUCAUACCGAGACAUAGCAGGC